CUGGUCUGGUCUGGUCUGGUCUGGUCUGUUUUGGUCUGGUCUGGUCUGGUCUGGUCUGUUUUGGUCUGGUCUGGUCUGGUCUGGUCUGGUCUGAUUUUUUUUUUUUUAAUUUUUUUUGCAUAAAGAUUUUAUUUUUGAUAUAUAUUAUAAUCCAUAAAUAAAUAUAUUUUAUUCAUUUAUAAUUAAAAAUAAUAAUAUUCCUUCCAAAUUAUCGAAAAUUGGUAUCGUUUUACUUGGAUUUAUUUCAAUCCCAGACCGAAGCAGAUCAGACCAGAUUAUAAAAAUACAGAACAACUCAAACUAGACCAGAUCAUAUCAGUGUACACUAGACUAAUCCAAAUAAAAACAGGACAAAAGAUAAAAUUAGGCAAUUGGCCCAGUAUACUCGUAUAUAUAAAUUAUUGCAAUUGGCCGUAGAAGAGUUGCCGCAGACGAACCCCAGCAACUCCAGGAAGCAGACAACUUAGCAGUUACGGGUGAAGUUCAAGUAGAAGAACGUUCCUUAGAUAGAUGGAAAGCAUAUCAAGAGAAACAUAAGCGACAUGGAGCUGCAGUUGCUAAGAAGCAGAUGCCAUAUCUUCAGUACCUAGAAGCUUUAUUCCAAGGACAGACUGCACAUGGUGUACGAGGUAGCUCACCUGCUAGCGCUAGGACAACACCCAUUCUCAAGAGUAAUGUCGCGGUCCAAAAGACUCAGAACAUAAACACCGAAGAAUCUUUUGAUACCGGCAGUGAUAGUUCGGAUGAAAAUGAAAGUCAUGAUACAGUGUAUGGUGAAAAAAGUGAUUCACCUAUUAUGGUAGAUCAAUCAUCUGCAUCAACUAAGAAGCGAAAAGGAAAAAACAACGUCGAUGAAAGCUUAGCACGAAAGCGAGGGGAAAUAGAUAGAUGUUUAGAAAUUGUGAAACUUGCUUCUGCAAAAGAGCAAUCUGUGAUCGAAAAGGUGGCUAAGCUUCUUGAUGAGAUGGAGGUUGAUAAGAAAUACGGUGAUCAAUAUUAUGUGGAUGCUAUGACCUUCUUAAGUGAAGGUAAUAAGGGUGAGGUCUUUGUGACACUUCGAUCUGAAAAUCAGAGGUGGAUGUUUCUACAGAAAGGAGUUCCUUACGGCAACUAAGAUUUUUAUAUCCCGUUUUGAACUUAAGAUGAUUUAUUUUCAGCAUGCUAAAAUUUAGUUUACUCGUUUUGAACUUUUUAUAUGUUUGUUUGAACUAAAAUUAUGUGGAUCAUUAUCUUUUACAAACAUCUCGUGUUAUCGUUGAUAUGACAUGUGUUUACCAUUUGUUUUAAUGUGAAUUGGAAUUCAUUAUUUUACUUGUGUAGAAUGAAUGUUGAAGUUAGACGGUCAUGUCUAAUUAUUGCAUUAGAAGAGCUCAGAUCAUUACUAGAAGAUGAUGAACAAAAGAAGACUAGGAUACCAAUGAGAGUAGGUGGAGAAACAGGAGGUGAAUAUAUACAUAGAAUGUUGAAUGGUCAUCCUGGAUUGUGUAAAGAGAAAUUAAGGUUGACGAGAGAAAUGUUCAUCCACCUUGUGAAUAUUAUGGUUGAAAGAAAUUUAUUGAAAGACAGCAGAUUCAUUCAUGUGGCAGAGCAAAUUGGAAUUGGUCUCUAUAUAUUGGCCAAGGGAGCUUCUUACACAGAUGCAGCUGAUGUUUUUAAGCAUUCUUUGAGAACCAUAUGCAAAUAUUUUAAUCUAGUAUUGCAUGCCUUGGUUGAGUUAUCUUUUGACAUAAUUCGACCACAUCACAAUUUGUUGGACGUCCACACCAUAGUUUUCAACAGUUCCUUAUAUUGGCCGUAUUUCAAGGAUUCAGUUGGAGCAUUAGAUGGUACUCACAUAGAAGCAGUUAUAUCAGAUGCAAAGGGGGUGCCGUUUCGAGGACGCAGAGGAAGCAAAACCUGGAAUGUCUUAGCAUGUUGUUCAUUUGAUAAACUAUUCACGUUUGUCAAUAUUGGCUGGGAAGGAAGCGCUCAUGACGUAAGAGUGUGGGUUGAUUCCUUAAUGCAAUCAAAAUAUCAUUUUCCUCAUCCCCCACCAGGUAAAUAUUACUUAGUAGAUUCAGGAUAUCCAAACACACUUGGAUAUUUAGCUCCAUUUGAUGAUGCGGGAAUGAGGAAACACGUGCCAGAAUUUCGUGGCGGUGGUAAACCAAGAGGAGUAAUGGAACAUUUUAAUUAUCGCCACUCAUCCCUGAGAACUACCAUUGAAAGAGCAUUUUCGCAUCUGAAGAAAAGGUGGAAGAUACUUCACAAUAUGCCCAAAAUGAAAGAAGAGCAUCAACAAGCAAUUAUUUUCUCUACUUUUACACUUCAUAAUUUUAUCAGCAUGUGCAAAAUGGGAAUCCCAAUUUAUGAACAUGAAGGGAAUGGAGAAGGCAUGGUUGAUUCAAAUAUGUUCAACAAUGGGCGAAAAGAAGCUAUGAACAAUGUUCGCGUGGAAAUUGCGAAACAAAUUUGGGAAGACGUUCAGAAACCCAGAGCAACGCAUGCAUGAUGAUAUUUAUUAUUUUAUAGUACUUUUUUUUGUUCUAAAAAGAUUUAUAGUUUACCCAUUAUUCAUACAUUUUUUUAUUGUUAUUGUUAUUGUUAUUGUUAUUGUUAUUGUUAUUGUUAUUGUUAUUGUUAUUGUUAUUGUUA